ACAGGGCAACCCAAAAAACGUGCUAUGUUGUGACUGAACGAGAUCUCGGUGCUCUGAAACAGCUACACUUCAUUUGAACACACAUUAAGACGAGCACAGAUCGUAUCGCUUUUAUAAAAUCCAACUGGCUUUUACUUUGUAAUCGUUGCAGCUAUAAGUACACUAAAGCCCUACUUUUUUAGUCGGCAGAGUAAACCAAAACAAACCAGAAGCGCUGCUUGUGGAGCUUUGGUUGGGAAAGCCUCUCUGCUAACAUGUCUGCUGCCGUCUCUAACGACUCGAGAAAGCGGGGAAAGAAGCGGUAUGGAGGCGGUCACCACAACAAGCGGUGGAAGGGCUCCCGGGAGCUGGAGGUGGGCAUGCAGGGGAUCCUCAUCACAUGCAACAUGAACGAGAGGAAGUGCACGGCGGAGGCCUUCAACCUGCUCAAUGAGUACGCAGACCAGCUGUAUGGGCCCGAGAAGUUGCAGGAAAAUGGGAGCAGCAGUGGUGAGGAGGAGGAGGAAGAAGACGUGGAUGUAGCGCUGAAGAAGGAAGUGGCGCAGAUCAAAGCUUCAGGAGCCAAACAGGAGAGACGCUUCAUGGCUCUGGACAGCGGAGCGAACAAUGUCAUCUUCAUCAAAACUCAAAAUCUAGAAGCUGACAAGUUGGUUCAUCACAUCCUGUCUGAUCUCCACACCACCAAGAAGAAGAAGUCACGCGUGAUCCUGCGGAUGCUGCCAGUAACUGGCACAUGCAAAGCCUUCCAGGAGGACAUGGUGAAGUACCUGACUACUUUCCUGGAGCCUUGGUUCAAAACCCCAAACUGUGGCACCUACCAGAUCGCCUUCAAAGCCCGCAACAGCAGCCACAACAAGAGGGACGAAAUCAUCAAAACCAUUGCAGGUAUGGUGGGGAAGCUGAACCCGAAGAACAAGGUUGAUUUGACCAACCCAGAACUGACAAUCAUUGUGGAGGUCAUCAAGGUGGUGUGUUGCAUCAGUGUGGUAAAAGACUAUGCACUGUACAGGAAGUACAAUGUCCAGGAAGUAGGUAAAGAGGACACACCAAAGCCUGAUGGAGGAGUAAAUACAGCUGAGGAGAAGGACAAAAAGAAUGAAGAGGAGACGGACAAAGAGGACAAAAAGGAUGAAGGGGAGACGGACAAAGAGGACAAAAAGGAUGAAGGGGAGACGGACAAAGAGGACAAAAAGGAUGAAGGGGAGAUGGACAAAGAAGAGAAGAAGAAAGGUGAAGAAGACAUUGAUAACAAUGUGCCACAUGACAAGGAGGAGGAUGAAAAUAAAGGUGACGGGGAGUAAAAGAGCUCUUAUUUAGAGAAGAUUUUUGUCAUUUCUAAAAAGAAUCAUCAUUUAUUUUAAGUUGCAUUAUAUUGUAGUGCUUUUGUUUUUUAGUAACGACUGAAACCCACGACUCAACAAUGAAGAGCCUUACAGGAUUUUUAAAAGUGAUCUAUGAUACGUUCGUACCAACUUUAUUGAGAUGUCCUUUUUUAAAUUGAAAAAAGGUUUUGAAUUCACUGUACAUGUCACUAUUCUGCAGCGUUACUGCCAUCAGCCUACCGUUUUAAUGCUGAAUUCGAUUUUUAAUUUAAGUUUUUUGACAUUUUUACUCAAAGAAAAGGGGAUUUGUUCAGGUUUACUGGUGUGUCACAUCUAGUAACUAUGUUUUUUGUAGCUGUUAUUUCCCAAAGCAGUCCCUGAAUUAAAGUUACUUGUGUGUUCUA